AUGGUCGCCCUGAAGGAGGCACAGGAAAAGACCACUACCUAUAUCGUUGGCUUAGAGUCUCAGCUCAAUAAUGCCAUCAUCAACGCCCCCACAGGUAUCCUACCACCGGCCGGCCAAUCUAGUCAGUCGCCCCGCCGAAUUAAGCUCCCCGACCCUCCCAAGUACUCGGGAAGAAAGUCGUCCGAAAACUUUGAAACUUGGUUCACGAACCUGCUCAUCUGGCUCGAUUACAACCACUUCACAGACGACAAGGACAAAAUUCGGCAAGCCAACGCACAUCUGGAAGGCGGAGCUGCUCUGUACAUGAAAGAGUACGCAAUCAAGCUCGCCUCCGGACAAGACGUUGGCACAUGGGCAGAAUAUACUAGGAAACUAGAAAUGGCAUACAAGACGCUUGACCCCAAGCGCACGGCACAAUCUUUGCUAGAUGCACACUGCGCAAUCCGCCACAAGACAAUGAUUGCCUUCGCGGAGAAUUUCAGGGCAUACGCCCCCGAAUCAGGAUACUCCGACGAAGACUUAAUCAUCAAAAUCAGGGAACAACGGUCGACCCAUAUUCAAACGGUCAUGUCGGUAACAGAGACUCUAGAUCCCUCCAAGAUCUCAACCACUUGGAUGGACUACCUGGAAUUCUGCCUAGAGAUUGAAAUCAAACAUCUCCAGCAGAUGACAGGCGGGAAGUCUACCGGACAAACCACUGGAAACAAGGCGACCGCUCCUAAGAACCCUAAUGCAAUGGACACCAGCGCACGAAUCGCACACGAACUUUCCUCG